UCUAAAAGUAACAACGAAGCGAUUAAGUACGGCGGAAGCAAAAACAAAAGUUUAAAUACAUAUUUAUAUUGUUGUUGUCAUUUUGUAAAGAAGCUUAUAGCAGACGGCGCCAAAGCAACAAGGCAAAAAAUCUUUUUUGUUUUAUACUCUCAGCUCUAAUUCUAAAAAUCAUUUAAUAUAUUAAAUAACAUUAAAUUACAGUAAAGUGCAAAAAUAUAAUUUAUUCUAAGAAAACAAGAAAAAGAAGCAACACAAAAAACCAAACAAAAAAGUGAACAAACAACAACAACACAAAGCUUUGGAACAACAAGAGCAACAACACUCGUUUAACACCAAAAUUUACGCAAAAAAUCGAAAGUAAAAAAAAUCAAAAAAAACGUAAACAACAACAACGAAAUAAACGCAGCGACUACAGGCCAGUCAAUUAAGUGUCAGAAAAUAACUAAAACAAAAAACAAAAAAGAACAAGAACGCUUUAACUGCAGCGCGCGGCAAGUGCAACAAAAGUAACAACAAUGCGCCCAACCGUAUUGUCGACUGCGAAUGCCAACGCGGCGGCGGGUGUUGGCGGUGGCGGCGGCGGUGUUGCCGGCAACACCAACAGCAACGGCGUCAACAUACCCAUACACCACGACUACGGCAACGUCGCCGGCAGCGGUGGCGCACACCCGCAAGCCGCCGGCUACUACGCGGACGCCAAUGCCGGUGCGUACGGUUCACCGCGCCAGCAGCAGCAACAAUCGCCGCAACAACAGUCGUACCAUCAUCAGCCACAAGCGGCGCAACAACAACAGCAUCCACACCAGCAAAUGCCGCAACACUUUCAGCAGGGCUUUGGUUUCGAACCGGACAUGGACAUGGAUAUGGAUAUGGACAUGUUUCCACGCAGUCGCUUGGGCCGCAUGCACGACCCGUUCAGUGGCUUCAACAACUCACAUUUUGGUUUUCCCCAAUUCAACUCGCUCGGUCGUCGACGUGCUGCCGAUCACAUGGGCCGUGAUGAUGACUUCUUCAAUCGCCUGCCUUCGGAAUUCCGUCAAUAUAUACCGGACGGUUUUGGUCACAGACGUGACGAAAGCGCCACAUUGCCACGACGACACAGUUCUCAGCAUUCACAACAAGUGCCAGUACAGGGUGGCGGACCCGCCUACUAUCAAUCAUACGUGCCCGCUUCACCACCCAAUGGCGUUGGCGUACCACAAUCGCCAUCGAAGAAACUCUGCGACGCAGCCAUACAAACUGAAGAUCCCGCUGUCCGCAUGGAUGGCGAUCAGGUGGACAGUGCUGCACCACAAGCUUAUGCUGAUAAUCUACAACAACAUGGGCUACGUAACACAGUCGAUAUGGGUGUGAAGUCAGCUCUGGAGUCGGAACAAGGUAUACGUGCGCAUUCGGCGCCACCACAAGAGCAACAACAACAACAGGUGCCAGUGAAUGGCAAGCGCCAGACACCGCCACCACAGGCCGGACACUCACAAUUCGGCACACAGACUAGUCCACAUGUGCAGACUGGCGCUAAUGCUAGUCAGCAACCGCAGUACCAUAAGGCCUAUUAUCCGCCACAACAACAACCGCAUCCACAGCAACGACAACAGACACCACCACCGCCACAAACCCCGGGUGGCAGCUAUGUGCGCACUAUACCGAUCUUUGUGGAGGGUCGUUCUGAGCCGGUCAUUAACGCACACAAGGAAAUACCAAAUCAAAAUAGCGCGCCCGGUCAGACACAGGCUACAGCUAGUGCAUCAGCUAGAGCAUUUGUGCCGCCACAACAACAGCAGCAACAGUACCAACCACAGCAACAACAACAGCCGCAACAUCAACAACACCGUCCAACUCCACUAAAUACUCAGCAGCAGCCGCCUCAACAGGGUGCAGCCGCAGGUGGCAUGCCGCCACAAACUCCACAUACGCUAGACUCAAUCAGCAAAAUCCAAGACAUUCAACGCGAUGUCCUCGAUCUCAUGGCGAAAGUGGAGAAUUUCACGGGCACACGUCAAGACAAAGAGUACGUCUAUCUAGACGAGAUGUUGACACGUAACCUACUUAAGUUGGACACAAUCGAUACAAAUGGCAAGGACAGCAUACGUCUAGCGCGUAAGGAGGCCAUCAAAUGCAUACAGGCAUCCAUCAAUGUGCUCGAAGCGAAAGCAAACGAGAACACUAAAGCUGCACAACAGGCUACAGAAGGUGGCGCAGCCGCUGAGCAGUCCGUGUCAAGCGGCGCCGCCGAACCAAUGCAGACCGAAGAGGCUGCGACGCGCAAGAGCGCUUCAAAAGAGAAAGUUGCAGAGGUCGCAACUGAAGCUGCAGAGACGCCUGCGGCCGAGCCCGAACCAGCUGAUGCGAAGCAAAUUCAAGCGCCCAUACCAUUGCCACCGCCAGAGGGCAUGCAAGUCGAACAGUCAGCAAGCGCUAGUGAUGUGAAGAGCGCAGAUGCCGCCGAGGCGAGCAGCAAGGAAGCAGUGGCCAGUAGCGAUGUCCCGGCUGCGGAAGCCGCCGCAACCGAAGUGUCGUCGAAAGCUGAGGCGGAGUCGAGCAAAUGAUGAUUGCAACAGCGCAGCUCAUCAGGCGCCGUGAGCUCCUCUUCCUACUCAGCCACAUUUUCAAAGCGUUUACAUAGCAUCACCAAACGAAAGUCCUAAAAAAACUUAGUUUCAUACAUCUAAAUAAAUGUAAAAUUCGUUGUGUUAGAAAUUUAACGAAAAUUAAGAAAAAAAUAUAUACUUACUUAUAUACGUUUUUAUUUUAUGCCACAAAUUAUUUUAGAAAAUGUUGAAAGGAAUGCUGCGCAGUGCUUUAGGCAAAAAAACAAUAUGUUUCGUAAAUUUAAGUGAGAUGUUUAGCGAGCGCUAGUAUACCACACGAGUCCUGUUUCGGAGCCGAGGCGAGGGACUCGACAAGCACUGCGUUUAUUGGACGAAAAAUAAUAAUAAUAAAUAAGAAUAAAAAUAUUUAAAUUUCAAAUAUAUGUUCUUUUUGUUUCUCACAUUAUUCAGGUUAUGAUAUAAUCUAAGAGUUAAAUUAAGGUCCUAAAGUAAAAAACAUAUUUUUUGUGAUUUGAUUUCGGUCAUACGAUUUUUUGUUAUCGAAAGUUGCUGUUCGUAUUUAAUUUUUGGCUAUACAAAUUAUUCGAUUUUUUCUGGUGAUGACGAUCAAAACAUAAUAAUUCUAGUUUGAUAUUUAUUAUUUUUUUCUAAUCGAAAUGUAAGAAAUAUAUCGAUCAAAUAUAUUACAAAACGGUUUUGAGACAAUUAAUUACAAUCGAUAUUUUGUAAAUCCCACAAAUCCUAAUAAAUGAAAGUUUUAUAACGCCACUUUCAAUAUAAAAGGAAUAUUUUUAGAAAUAUAUAGAUUUUUUCAUUGAAGAGAUUUUUGUGGCGAAAAAAAAUAUAUCGCUCAUUUGCUGCAAGACCGGCAUAAGUCAAAAAAAUCGAUUUGCCAGAAAACGCGUUAAAAGUUUUCAACUGACUCCAACCUUCCACGGAAAAGAGGAAUCAUAUUCUCUUCUCAAGCGGAGCAUAUAAGAGGUAUUCAUAUGAAUUUUUCACUCAACAUGAAGUAUGAUAUAACGAACAAUUCUGCAUCAUUAACUCAAAAAUCACGUUUUUUGAUUUAUGCCGGUCUUGCAGCAAAUGAGCGAUAUAACAGUUAUGCUCAGAAAUUAAUUUAUGAGCAAAAACCGAUGAAAUCAAUACAUAGACAAUUAUCGAUUAUUUUAAAAAGUUUUAAAGCUUAGACCACUGUAUUAUAAAAUCCAAAAUAAAUUUAUAGAAAGAAAUCGAAAAAAUAUAUGCUUAAACAAUAUCUCAGAUCAUCAUAUUCUUGCAAUCGGAGUCGAAAUUGUAAAGCGACGAUCGAGCCAGGCCCUAUUUUACCUAGGAUUAUUGCAAUUUUUACUCCGCAGAAAAUCAGCAGUGGAGAGGGCUUUACUUCAUUGUAAGUCGCUUAGUUCGCCUCUUCCAUUGAGAUCUGUUAAGAGUACACCUUUAUACACCUUUUUCGUUCCGUGCUAGUUCAGGUACCAGCUGGUUGGAUAGAAGCUUUGGAAUCCGGGUCUUGAUUUCUAUAUUGCGGGCUCUUCGGUUUCCGUUUCUGUGGUCGUAGCUAACAUAUUCAACAAUUAGUUUGUUGAAAGGUAUUUUCGUGGCCCGACAGCCUUAGUACAUAAGUUCAGUGGAAUCAUCCGACAUAUGUCCAUUUUUAUUGGACUUCAUCAAUGUGCUGGGGCUAAGUGAGUCCUUGUGAUUUAGGAGAGGGCACAAUACACCUAAGGUCGCGGUGCAUUCCUCAUCAAUAAAUCUAAUCUAAUGUCCAUUUUAGUUAAACCUAGUGCUUACUUACCAUAUAGCAUAAAACGUUGACAACAGAGAUCAAUUAGGGUCGGCUUUAGUAUACCGUCCCAGGAUUUCGGGAAUAAAAUGGGUUUGGUCGGAUAGAGGAGACUCUCCAGAUCACGAAUAUAUAUGGUUAUAUAUAUUAUGAUCAAUUAAUCCAAUAGCAUAUACAAGUAGUAAUCCUAACUGACCAUUGGAUUUUAAGACCAAAGUUCAAAGUAAACUUUGCAUACAACAGAUAUUACACAAAGUUUAUUUUCCUUUCAAUUUACGAGUAUAUUGAAAUUUGAUAUAUUAUCAAAAAUUGUUUACAAAUUCUGAAAAAGCUAAUAUACACAUAUACAUAUAUCAAAUUGGAUAUUCGUUGAAUUUUGAUGGUAGAAAUUAUUCCCCAGCCAUUUCUAUGCUCAGAUGUAGUAAUUUGUUUUUAUGAAACCCUCUGUGGAGUUAGAGCUUUCAAAUAGCAUAGCAAGAUUUUCAAUAGCUUCAAUUUUUUCGAUUUCACUAAUAAUUACUGGAUUGUCUUAACAGUUCUUUAGGUUUCUUUCAUGAUAUACAGGUAUGAUAUCUUAUACAACGGCCAGUCCACCAUUAAAUUUAAUGCCUAAGUUGCAUGUCCGAAAGAUCGUCAGCAUCUUUUGUAUUUACCUUUAAUCGUAAUUUUGAAUAGCGAAUUAAAAGAUUUAUAUACACAUAUAUCAUCAUGAUGAUAUACAUACAUACAUUGCCUGUGUGGGAAGUAGAAAUGAUAUCUCCUUUUUCAGUUAUAAACUUCGAAAGACACUUCUUGUCAACUGGUUGUUCCGCAUAAGCAACAUAAAAAUAAAUAUCUGAAUUAUUUUUUGGUAGAAAAUUUAAUACUAAGUACCGUUAUUCUAGCAUGUAAUCAUUAGAAAAUACUAUCUUUGUUGCUAAUAUAACGAAAAGAAAUAUCUAACGAGUAUUCUUGCACUAAAAAUACUAAUCUUAAUACUAAAAAUUAAAAACAGUGAAAUGAAAAUAAUGAAAUCAAAAAUUAAAUCGAAAAUUACUUUAUUAGACAGCAAACCUUAACACACGGUGCCUAAACAAUUACAUAAGAAAGGUGUAAUAAAGCUUACCUCAAUUUAAUAUAAAGGAAAUUAUCAUAAAAAAAAACAAAAACCAAUUUUUAUUAAAAGAUUUGGCGAAAAGGUUACAUAAAAUACUAAAAAAUCACAAAAUUUGUGCAAGAAGUUUUAAAAGAUACAAAAAAUUUUAUAUAAUCAUGUUUUAGCUUCAUCAAAGUACACUUUUGCGAAAAACUCGCAAUAAAGUUUGAAAUAAGCGAAACACUGACUUCGUAAAAAAACGAAAUCUAGAUUGUUUGUAAAUAAAUAAUAUAAUUUAUCACAAAAUUUAA